UCAAGCAGCAGCAAGCACCGCGCCAUGGCGUCCAGCGACUCCUGGCCGGAUCUGCGCCACGAGCGUGCACGCGAGGCGGCAGCGCGGCGUCUGCCGCCGUGGCGUGUCGGGCUGGCGACCGCGGCGGCGUACUCGCAGCUGGCCGUGCACCUCGCGCUCGCCCUGCCGCUCUGGGCCCUCGUGCCGGCGACGCGCCCCAGCGCCAAGUACUCGCUGCGGCAGGCGCUGCUCGUGACUGUCGUGCGCUACAUCUCCGCGCUGACGAUGCGUCUGCGCAUCGCGCCCGCCAUCGACGCGCCCGUCGCGCCGGCGUCGCUGCAGCGCAGCGCCCUGCUGCGCCCCGACGUGCCGCCCGUUGCUGCCGAGCGCGUCGUGGGCCUGGUGCGCCAGGCAGCUGUGCGUGUCGGCGUGCGUCCGCAGGCCGUGCGGGCGUAUGUCUUCGGCGGCGCCACGGGCACGACGUGUGCGCCCGACGAGCUGCGCUCGCUGCGGCGCAUCGUGCUCGCGCUGCACGGCGGCGCCUGGGUCGUCGGCCGGGCGCACGAGGAGCGCGGCGGCAGCGCCACGGCCGUCACGCUGGCCCCGCUGCUGAGCGCCGACGUGCGCGUGCUCAAUGUCGAGUACCGCCUCGCCGAGGAGAACCCGUUCCCAGCGGCGCUGCUCGAUGCGCUCUCGGCGUACGUGUGGCUCGUCGAGGAGCUGCAGAUCUCGCCCGAUCGCAUCGUGCUCUCCGGCGACAGCGGCGGAGCCAACGUCGCGCUGGCCCUGAUCCACUACCUGCGCGAGACGGAGCUGCUGCCGCUUCCGGGCAGGCUGCUCCUCGCCUCGCCGGCCGUGGACCGCACCGGCUCGCACAGCGGCCCCCCUGGCUCGCGCGGCGACCUGCUCACGCCCAACGACCUCGCCUGGGCACUCGAGGCGUACCUCGGCUACGGGCGCCACCCGGCUGAUCUGAUCCAGUCGCCGUACGUCAGCCCGGCGUCAAAGCGCAACCUUAGCGAGCUUGAGCAAGCAUCAGGCUCGUGGCCGCGCACGCUGAUCUGCAUCGGCGAGACCGAGGGCUAUCAGCCGGCGCAGCGGGCCCUGCAAGAGGCACUCGCGCGCUGGCAGCCGCAGCAGGUGGAGCCGCUGCUCGAGGUCCAGGGCGCGCCGCACUGCUCGUGCCUCAUCCCGACCUUCUUCGAGCCGCACACCGGCACCGCGCGCCAGGCUAUGGCCGCUUUCGUCGAGGCGUGACGUGCUCGAGAUGCUGUAGGUAUUGCAGGAAUGCAGGGAGAAUAAGUGUACAUG